AGAUUAAUGAUUAUAUCGGAGUAUUAAAGGAUGAUAUAGUUUGUACAGAUAUCUCUGAAGAUAUUAAGAUUGAUGUAGAAGAUGUUAUAAACUGUGAUGUAAAGCCAGGAGAUAAAUUAACAAAGACUAAAAUAGAAAACCUGAUUGAAAAUGCAAAUUCUAGAACAUCAAGCAAGAAACUAGGUCUUUCUGAGAAGAAAAUCAGGUCAAAAGAUCCCUACCCCUGUUCUUUAUGCAAUUUCGAAGCUACCUCUAAGAUUGGAUUGAGGAAGCAUAAAGCUAGUGAACAUAAAAGGAUUCUUCCACAAUGUGCUCAAUGCGGGUAUUCAGCGCAGAAUUUGAAAGAGUUGAGAAUUCAUGUUAAGAAUAAUGUUGCCUGUAGGACAAAUCCAGUAAACAAUCAAAAAGAAUAUCUGUGUGAUCAGUGUGAAUUUACUACCAGGCUACCAACAUAUCUAAAGCUUCAUAUGCAGGCUGCUCAUGAAAAUAUUCGGUAUCCCUGCCAUCUCUGUGAUUAUAAG